AUGACUCUCACAAACGGCACAUCUGCAUCCCACACCGCUGGAACACCAAAUUGUUUCCCUUCUGUCACUCCAGGGGACACUUUCUGGCAGAAUGAAAAAGAUGAACUCCAUGAUUACCGAUCAACAGAACAAUUGCCCGAACAUAGCGACAUUGUGAUUGUCGGUGCUGGUUAUGCUGGAGUUAGUACUGCCUACCAUCUUGUAAAGGAUCAUGGCCAUGCCAAGAAAUCAAUCACAAUCCUUGAGGCUCGUGGCGCUUGUUCUGGCGCCACGGGCCGGAAUGGCGGACAUUGCAGACCUGACUUCUACGGUCAUAUCCCUACAUACAUGGACCGGGCGGGAGCUCGGGCGGGUGCUGAGAUCGCCGAAUUUGAGAUUGCCACUCUCCGCGCAAUGAAGAAAAUCAUUCAAGAAGAGAACAUUGAUUGUGAUUUUACUUUGGCUCGAUCAAUUGAUGUUUGGUGCAAUGCAGACGCUGCAAAGAAAGCCAAGGCAGUUUACGACCGAAUGCUUGCAGAGAAAUUUGAAUACAUGGAAGAUGCUAUCUUCUAUGAAGGAGACCAAGCUGAAGGAAUUUGCGGUGUGAAAGGCGCCAAGGCAUGUGCAAGCUUUACAGCUGGUACUAUGUGGCCAUACAAAUUCAUUAUGCACCUUGUAAGACUGGUUCUUGCUGCCGGUGUUAACUUGCAAACCCAUACCCCUGUCACGGCAGUCAAGCCAGACCCACAAGGCGGCUACACCGUGACUACUUCCCGAGGGAUAACACAUGCCACCAAGGUUGUCUACGCCAACAAUGCCUACGUCUCGGGUGUCCUCCCACAGUAUAAGAAAAAUAUCAUUCCUUGCAAAGGCAUCUGUUGUCGAAUCACUGUUCCCGAGGGAGUGAAGGCCCCCUUGCUCAACAACUCAUACAUCAACCGCACCGAGGACAACACACUAUCAUACCUGAUCCCUCGAUCAGAUGGCAGUAUUGUUGUUGGUGGCGCUGCAGCAGUCUUCAGAUCAUCUGAGAGCCAAUGGUAUGAUAAUGUGGACGACAGCAUUUUGAUUGAAUCUGCCAAAGACUAUUACACAGACUACAUGCAGAAGACCUACAACGGCUGGGAAGAAAGCGGUGCUAAGGUCGAUCAAAUCUGGUCAGGUGUCAUGGGAUACUCAUAUGACUCCAAUCCUCAUGUUGGUGUUGUUCCUGGCGAACAAGAUCAAUUUAUCCUGGCUGGUUUUAAUGGCCAUGGCAUGCCUGUUAUUUGGCUCUCAUCCAAGGGACUGGCCAAGAUUGUCAUGGAUGAUCUUAAGUUUGAAGAAACCGGUUUGCCUCGACUUUUUGAGACCACAAAGUUCCGAAUUGAUCGGGCUUUGAGUGGAAAGGUUGAAGAUGGAGAUAUUCUUGGAUCUGGGAAGUUCGCGGCGACAAGGCCAUAA